GUUCUGUGUGUGCGGACUGUGGCCGGAGAGGAGCGGGCUCUUCACCCUGGGGACUGCAAGCAGCUGCUCAAACCUAAACCUGUGACACCUUCCAACCGAGAUGUACCAUGUAGGUUCGAAUGGACAGUGGGGAACUGGAAUGAGUGCUCUAAAAGCUGUGGGCGUGGAGUGAAGAAGAGACGUGUGCACUGCCCUGAAUACCAGCGCUGCAACGUCACGCUCAAACCCAACAACACUGAGUCCUGCAAUCUCCAGCCCUGCACCAGCUGGGCCACUGAAGCCUUGGGUCAGGCCUGGUUUGUAAGAAAAACAGCAUGUCGACACGUUUCUGUGAGAAACUCAAGCUGCUGGGUCGCUGCUCGCUGCGCUCGAUCAUCAAGCAGUGUUGUGUCACUUUACUGAUGUAACACUUCAGAGGUCAGGCUUGGGUCAAUGACCAAAAGCACAGACUACUGGACACUCUGCACGCAGAGGUUCAUGUGCUCUAGAAAUACAGAUGUCCCUCUCAAAUAUAUGAAAAAUAUGUGGUUUUUACUUGAACAAAGGAAUCCAUGGCUUUUGACGAUGUGUUUCUUACAUUUGUCUUUAAAUGUGUCUUGAAAUACUUCAAGCUUUAGUUCCAGGAUUCAACAUCAGUUUGACAAGUAACCUAAAUGUUAUUUUUUGCACUCAUUUUGGACCUGUUGUUGUUCUUCUUCUUCUUUUUAACCCCCAAAAAAGUCAAGUUCUUGACAAGUUUACAGGUUACAAAUUUGUUACAAAAUAGUUCCAUUACAAAUAAAUGCUGUUCUGUUUAACUUUGAACGAAUCCUGAAAACAAAAUGUAUUACGGUUUCCACAAAAAUAUUAGAUCGUAAAAACUGCUUUCAGAAGUGAUAAGAAAUGUUUCUUGAGCAGCAAAUCAGCACAUUAGAAUGAUUUCUGAAGGAUCACGUGACACAGAAGACUGGAGUAAUGAUGCUGAAAAUACAGCUUUACAUCACAUAAAGUAUAUUUUAAUAUUCACACAAAUAGAAAACAGUUGUUUGAAACUGUAUCAACACAAUUUUAUUGUUUUUACUGUAUACCAUACUGUUUUAACACAAUAUUACUUUUUUACUUUUGAUUAAAAAAAUGCAGCAUUGGUGAGUAGAAAAGACUCAUUUCAAACACAUAAAAAAAUCUUACCAACCCUUAAGUUUUGAACAGUAUUUUUUCUUAGUAGAAUAUCAUGUUCAUAUAGCUUAGCAAUUUGUUAACAUAAACUACUGGAUUCAGUCUUUGCGUAUGGGCACAAAUUGUUUUAGGAAACCAAACCAGGUAUUUAAAUACUGAGAAAUAAAUAUGAACUUCAGAAUGUCUUAGUAUUUGACUUUUCUCAAUUUUAUGUUAAUGACAGCAGCACUAUUGACACACAAAACCAGAUGAUCAUGUUCUCCAGCAUGAUUUGAGAUGUCCAAAAUAGCAUCUUGAGCUUCAGUGGAAGCAAGGACAUCUUUUUAUAUUGUUUUCAUAUUUUCAUUGCUUUAAGUGGGCCAGUACUCACUGGUAGAGUACCGCCACUUCCAAAUAUAGCUCUUGAGCGUACCACCACCUCUCCAUGCGCCCAGAACGUGCUUUUAGCAUGCUGGUACAUUCAUUUUGACAUCUGUUUUAAUAGAAGUUUUAAUCCUUUGCCUUCACUGCAGCUUUUCAGAGCACCCUUCACAAUGCACGCUUCCUAAUUCUUCCUAGUUCGGAGUAUGGAGCGUGAACCAUUUGAACCAGUUUGGGAGUUCGGAGCGGGAUCACGAAUCAUUUGAGUCAGUUCGGGAGUUCGGAGCAGCUUCGCGGAUCAUUUGAAUCAAUUCGAGAGUUCGGAGCGGGUUCGCGAAUCAUUUGAGUCAGUUUGUGAGUUCGGAGCGGGAUCGCGAAUCAUUUGUGUCAGUUCGGAGCGGGUUCGCGAGUCAUUGAGUCAGUUUGGGGAUCGCAAAUCAUUUGAAUCAAUUCGGGAGUUCGGAGCGGCUUCGCGAAUCAUUUGAAUCAGUUCGGGAGUUCGUAGCGGGUUUGCGAAUCAUUUGAGUAAGUUCGGGAGUUCAAAGCGGGUUCGUGAAUCAUUUGAGUCAGUUCGGAAGUUCAAAGCGGGUUCGCAAAUCAUUUGAGUCAGUUUGGGGAUCGCGAAUCAUUUUAAUCGGAUGGUGAGUUCGGAGUGGGAUCGCUAAUCAUUUGAGUCAGUUCGGGAGUUCAAGGCGGAUUCGCGAAUCAUUUGAGUCAGUUUGGGGAACGCGAAUCAUUUGAAUCAGUUCGGGAGUUCGUAGCGGGUUCGCGAAUCAUUUAAGUCAGUUCGGGAGUUCAAAGCGGAUUCGCGAAUCAUUUGAGUCAGUUUGGGGAUCGAAUUAUUUGAAUCAGUUCGGGAGUUCGGAGCUGGUUCGCGAAUCAUUUGAGUCAGUUUGGAAGUUUGAAUGCAGUAAUGCAGUAGCUCUUUCUAAGGGUAUUUUUUCAAAAUCCUUUUGCACAUUUUAUUUAUGUUCAGUAGUUCUUUCUAGCUCAAGCAAAUCCACAAACUAAUAAAAUGAUUUAUUAAUAAGGUUGCCUGUUGACUGCUGUAUAUAAAAGCCCUUCAAUAUAGUUGUUGUUACCUCAGGGGAUGAGGGGAGUCAUCAAAAAAAAAAUAUAUAUAUAUAUAUAUAUUUUAUAUAUUAAAGGUGCUGUAGGGAACUUUUGUAAAAAAAAUAUUUUUUACAUCUUUAUUAAACCUGUCAUUAUGUCCUGACAGUAUAACAUGAGACAGAUUAUCUGUGAAAAAAAUCAAGCUCCUCUGGCUCCUCCCAGUGUCCUAUUGCCAUUUGCAGAAACUCCAUCGCUCCCGGUAAAAAAUAGCCAAUCAGAGCUGCGGUCCGUAACUUUGUUUGUGUUCAAAAUGUAGAAAAAUGUAUAUAAUAAGCGAGUACACCAUGAAUCCAUUUUCCAAACCGUGUUUUUGGCUUGUCCUGGAUCAUAGGGUGCACCUAUAAUAAGUGUUUAUAUUCGGACUAUGCUUAGGGGGUACCGCGGCGGAGUAACCCAGUACCUUUGUGAUUCUUCAUGGACAUAAACAGAGAGAAGUAGUUCCAGAUACGAUGUUCUUCCGCAAAAUGCAAGCAGUUCUGUUUAUUAACCGCUAGAGCGUCAAAAGUUCCCUACCGCAGCUUUAAUAUAUAUUAGUAGAGUACCGGCACCUCUUUUGGGCCACUUAAAGCACUGCAUAUUUUUAUUAAUUAAAUUUAUAAUCCUAGAAUCAUAUUUUGCUCCAGGCUUCAGGGUCACAUGAUCCUUCAGAAAUCAUUCUAAUAUGCUGAUAUGUUUAAAUGAAAUUAAAUAAAAAUCCAGAUUUUUGAUGGAGUUUCAGACCUUUGCAUGUACUCGUAACUCUAAGUCUAAGGGUUUGAACAGGACAUGCAGAAAUAGUAAUGGAAACUUUAAAACUUAGUCCACUACUAAAUGUAGCUUGCCACUUGUCCAUUGUUUUUCAGGUCACCGUAAAAUGGGAAGAGAUGACUCUGCAAUCCAAACCGUGCCGAUUCAGGCUCCAUUACAGAGGUCGGGUUAAAUUAGGCCAGAUUUGGCCAGGUUUUCUAUCCCUUAUAACUUGAAACCCACUUGGCACCGCAGCGCUGUCAGCUAGGUCACAGAAUGAUCACAUUUGUCAGCCAUGUCACACCAUGUUAGCGCCCUAGAUUUUGUGUUUCAUGACAAAGCAGAUUACAUAACCUUGAUUUUAGCUCAGUUAUAUAAUCGCACAUUACUGUGAUGUGCAUCCAGCAGUAGAGGUCUGCAUACGCAGUGCGAUUCUUAAAUGGCAGCGAGGCGACUUCCCUUUCCUGUGUAUCACUUAAUAAUUCAGACGUCCAGUCAGAGCAGAUUCAAUGGUCCUGAUUAAACUAAAAGCAGAUCACUUCAUAAUAUUACUUAACUACAACAACUUGUCUAACUUUACACUUCGGACCGAAAUUCGGCAUGUCACGCACUACAAUGUCAUGAGCACACAGCACCUUGUGGAGUGAGCAAGUUCAAUUAAGUGUUAACUUAAACAUCUUAAGACAUGGGUUAUGAUGAGAUUAUAUGAUAUCCAUUGGUUAACAUACGUAUAAGGUCAGAAUGAUUUCAUGACAAGCAUGUCCAGAAGCGGAAAACAAGAAACCAUCGCUGCAAGCGGACACCCCGACACCUUCAGUGGACACUCGCUUCAUCAAAUAUUUACUUUUAGUAACUGCUCAAGCCUAGAAUGGACGAAAACACAUAGCAUUCAAAUAGACAGAGAUUUCUGAGCUAGGUUUAAAUCUACUGAAUAUAAAUAUAAAGCAGCAUCACUUACCAUAAAUACUCAACCCCAAAGGGAUGCACCGAUGUAUCGGCCAAAAAUAUAGGCCGAUAAAAGCAAUUAUCUGCUAUUAUAUGAUCAGCGCCAAAUAUAUCCUGUCAAUCAAAAGGGGGGCGGAAAAACGAAAGAAGAAAGUUUCUAGCAAAACUACUUUAUGUGUAAUUGAGUUGUUUACAAAAGUUUUAUUUUGAAUGUUUCUAUCUGAAAAAAAAACACAGCAUUGAAUAUAAUACUCUUGUUGAUCAUUUUUACCUCUAAUAUUAUAUACCAAAAGAGAGGGCUCCCUGUAUAUUAAACAAAACUAUCGGUUUCGGCAGAUAUUAUUCUUAAUAAUCACUUACUCGACUGAAAAUGUUCUGUGCUCUAUAAUAAUUUGAAUAUUCACCCCUGACUUUUGUUUAUUGUACUUUUAAAACAUUUUAUGUAAAGUAUUUGUACAUUUAUAUUCAAUUCAACAAAUGAUGCAUUUAUUUUGUAGUUUUGUCCAAAAAAUAAAUAAAUUGUUGGACUGUAAUUCAAUAUUUUUUCUAAUAUGCUGUUAUUUGAUGCAAGUCUCUCAUUGGAAGUCGGGUAACUGUGCUGUUUCUAACUGGAUUUGAGGAACAGUACCAAGAAAUAGAUCUAUCCAGAUAAAAAUAACGCUAAAACCCAGAUCAUAGAGAAAGAUAAACCUCUGGCUUCAGCACAAUCCUCCAAAUCUUUCUUAUAUUACAGGAAAGGCCUCACUUCAACUGAAUUGACUACUGCAUGUUUUUCAUAUAAAAACCAUGACCAGCGUGAUCACAUAUGGGCGGUUGUUGGCUGCCACAGCAUUUGACUUUAUUUGAGUUUUAUCCAUGGGUUACAAAAAAUAAGGCCUUACUGAAAGCGAAUCAUGUUGCGCACUCAAGCACGUGUCAAAUGCAAGAAUGUGUGACUAGGACUGGAUAAUGUGGCAACAAUAUGGCUUUUUAGUACUUCGUAUUUCAAAGCAAAAAUAAAUACUUUGUUGGUGUGAUCGUAAGAGGGGCAACAAGCCAGUCUCGUUUUUAGAAUCCUGAAAGGCUUUUACGGGAAACAAUGCAGGAAAUGCAGAUAAGAUAGUGAUGUUUGAGAAGGCAGAUAAAACCAACAACACAAGACAUUUAUCACUGGAAACACAUUUCAGUUCGUCAAUACUCUAUAAAACUGUGUGGGAUCAAUGCGAUCUAGUUCUUGUUUUAAAUUAAAUUUAACGGAGCAACAGAACAGUUUCGUCUGACAAACUGAGCUAGAACUAUCACAGCUACUGAUAAAUAAUAAUAGAAGUUAGAACAGUCUACCUGGAAAUUAUUGGACAUUCACCUAUAUUUGUCUUAUUUUGUGUGAGCACUGUGAUGGACUACUUUUAGGCUGCUUUUAUGUAUUUUUGAAGCAUGCUCACUAACAACUGUCACUGUAUGGACAUUGGACAACAGCAGCAUGAUCAUUUUUUAAAACAUCUCCCUUUGCAUUGAACUGUAAAACAAAAGUGGUUUUAUUAAUUUGGAUCAUACAAAAUAAAAUUAGACUAUUUGAACUAGAUCUUUUCCUUCUGAUUGUUUUCUUCAAUUAAAUGUUAGUUAAAAGCCUGUAGUCUUACUAAAAUAAUCAAUUUGUUAACACGUUACAUGACCCAUGCCAAAAAGAAAAGACAAAACAUGACGAUUCCAAAACUUUAUCAAACUAGAAGCUUCUUAUGAUUAGAUGGGACCAAUCAUAGUUACGUUUGUUCAUCUUAAGUGUCUGUUCUCUUUUCCCAGCUCACUAUCAAAGAGCUCCAGAUAACAGCCAUUCACAAAAGCCCUAGCAGACGGAGGGGUAAACACGACGAGGAGGAGCAAAAGCUGCGUGUGAGUGUGAGCAUGGAGGAAGGGACCUAGAAUGACAGACGAGGAGUAGGGAGGGGUGAGGAACCAAGAGAGAGACGGCAGCAUUUCUGUGAACCUCCUGGAGGUAGGAGAUCACAUCAGGAGACAGGAUGCCAGGACACAGUCGUUUUGACGCACAUUCCCUGGAAACACAGGAGGAAUAAGUGCUGCCAUGAUAUCCAUUCUCAAAUGGGAUUAAUAAAGCACUUUACAUCUGCAGUAGAAGCUUUAUAGACUAACUCCUCAGCCUAAUUCCACAACUUCAUGCUUUCUUCACCGGUCUUAAGUGUUCUCUGGAGCGAGAGGCAUCCCUGCACAUUCACUGAGCAGCAUGUCCCAUGAGAAGUACCAUGAGGACAUGGACAGUGAGUAACAGUGUGUCUGCAUGCUGGUCGGUGUGUGUCGUCUAUCUUCUUGCCGUCUCCGUGACCUUGGCGUCCAGCGUCACCUGUCGCAGCGCAUGUCCCGUGCAGCGGGCGCUCAGGGUCACCAACUCCUCAUCCGCCUCUGCCUCAGCCUCAGCCUCCACCUCCGGCCGGCAUGUGCGCAGCUAUGUGCACCUCCAGGGAGACGUGCGCCAGAGGAAACUCUUCUCCUUCCAGAAGUUCUUCCUUAGGAUCGGAAAAGACGGGAGAGUCAACGGCACCAAGAGCAAAGACGAUCCCUACAGUAUUCUGGAGAUCACAUCAGUGGAUGUUGGGAUCGUUGCCAUCAGAGCGAUCGGCAGUAACCUUUACCUGGCUAUCAGUAAAAGGGGAGAACUGUAUGGAGCGAGAAACUAUGGUAUAAACUGCCGUCUGAAGGAGCGCAUCGAGGAGAACGGGUAUAACACAUACGCAUCCGCCGAGUGGAGGAACAAGAAACGGCAGAUGUUUGUAGGUCUGAGUGCUCAUGGAAGGCCUCUGCGCGGGAGAAAAACCCGCAGGAAGAACACAGCUACACACUUCUUACCCAUACUGGUGUGACUUUUGUUCAUAAUGCUGAUGGGACGGAGAGAUAUCAGUGAUAAAGACUUUGUCCACAUGUGACUCUCUGUAGCUGCGUUCCUCUCAUACGCUUCCGUGUUUGCUCUUUAGUUCAUGGCACUAGAUCAAACUUUAUACCCAUGCAAGUAAACAUUCAUGAACGCAGGCUUUCAUUUCCAUUAAGCAUCAUUCCAGUAAUCUAAAAUAAUGGACUAUGUGUGCAAGAGUUUUUUGUGCUUGUCUGCUUUGAUUUCUUUCUGAUGGACAUGAACGUCUUGUAGUGCAUGCAUCGCACGGAGAAAGAGAGAGUGGGGAUGUAUAUGGGAAAUUUAUAUCUUCUGAAAACUGUUUUGGACUGCUUUGAAAUAAUUAAAUUAUUUAUUUGUAUUGUAUUUAAAUAAAAUACUCUAAAAAACAUAUUAAAAGCAUAUAAAAAUGGAUAACCUCUAAUUCCUGUGAAAUAAAAUCUAUUUUGUUAUCCUCCUGCA